AUGAGCUACAACGACAACAACGACUCUUACGGUUCUGGAAACCGCUCGGGAGGCCGCUCCGGUGGCUUCGGAGGUGACAGCGACUCCUACGGCUCUGGAAACAGCGAUUCCUAUGGAUCCAGCAACAAUGAUUCGUAUGGAUCAAGCCGUACUCGAGGAGGCCGUGAUAACUCUGACUCCUACGGAUCCAGCAACACCGACUCUUAUGGAUCCAGCAACAACGACUCCUACGGCUCCAGCAACAAGAAGAGCGACUCUUAUGGAUCUAGCAACAACAACGACAGCUAUGGAUCCAGCAACAAGAAGAGUGACUCUUACGGAUCCAGCAACAACGACAGCUAUGGAUCCAGUAACAAGAAGAGUGACUCUUACGGAUCCAGCAACAACGACAGCUAUGGAUCCAAUAACAACAACAACGACUCCUAUGGAUCCAGCAACAAGAACAGCUCCUACGGAUCCAGCAACACCGACUCUUACGGAUCCAGCAACAAUGAUUCCUAUGGAUCCAACAAGAAGAGCGACUCUUACGGAUCCAGCAACAACAACGACGACUCCUAUGGAUCCAACAACAAGAACAGCUCCUAUGGAUCUAGCAACAACAACGACAGCUAUGGAUCCAGCAACAAGAACAGCUCUUACGGAGCUAGCAACAACGAUUCUUAUGGCUCCAGCAACAAGAACAGCUCUUACGGAUCCAGCAACAACAACGACAGCUAUGGAUCCAGCAACAAGAACAGCUCUUACGGAGCUAGCAACAACGAUUCUUAUGGCUCCAGCAACAAGAACAGCUCUUACGGAUCCAACAACAACAACGACUCCUACGGAUCCAACAACAAUGAUGAUUACUAA